UAUUCUAAUGUAGGUAAAAUCUAGAGGGCGCUGUCCUGCAAAAAUAUAGGCGCCUUCUCCCAAAGUUGAGGCUGUAGCAUUGCACAGGAAUUAAGAAUGCUUGUCGAGCGGUAGAUGAAUGCUAACGGUAUCCAUGAACUUGUCCUGGCGAGAAAAAUAGUCAUUUGAAUGGGCGUAUCACUAAUAUUUGACAUAUCUGUAUAAGGAGCCUCGAGGAUAAAACGCACUGCAUAAUGACGUUUCUAAUGUUGGAUUUCUUCAUUUGUAAUCCUGUGAGAUGUAGCUAGCUACUUGGUUAGCUUGUUUGUUGGCCACCGGCUUUGCGCCAGGAGUAAAGACCAAUCAAUCGCCGGCUGCCUUCACCGCUAGUUUUUGUGUACAGAGUACUGCUGCUGAGGCAAGGGAAACGCGCAGCGGUCACCGGUGACUGGACCUGGUGGCGUGAGAACUACGUUAGCUAAUGCAGUCAAGUGUAUACCGAAAUUUCCAGUCACCGGUUUUGAACCGAGGUGUUUAAAUUACGCCGGCGAAGGUCGACCCAGAUUAUAAUAAUAGAUACAUCUUAGCUAGCCGGACAAGUGCUGCGCAAGGAUGUUGCAAGUGCUUGGCUGCGGCGUCGUGGUUUUUCCAGGUCUGUUCUUCCUGUUUCGAAAAGUGCUACCGUCCAUUUUCAAACAUUGGACCGAUGCUGACGUUGUUCUUGUUAGCGAGAGGCUGGUGUCCUCGGUUCAUGCCAUCAUGGCCACCACCGCUGGGGUGAUCGUGGUGUGCUCAUGCAGGGGCAAUGUGAUCAGUGACAAGCAUUGGCUUGCCACCUAUUUCGUCAUCUGGUAUGGCGUGCCCUACAUGUCAUACGACAUCUUUGCCAUGUACCUCAGCCACUACAACCGCUUCCGGGUCAAGGGUCACGAGGAAUACAAGAAGCACUCGUGGAGGACGGUCAACUCAUUUGUGCGUCGGGAGUUCCUGCUGGUCCUUCAUCACAUCGCCCUGCUGACCAUCCUGCUGCCUGUGACACUGUUCCUCAGGAAAGACCAGGGAGAUUUCUUCAUCGGCUGCCUGUUCCUCACAGAGCUCAGCACUCCGUUUGUGUCUCUGGGGAAGAUGCUCAUCCAGCUGGGGCUCCAGGACAACUGGGUGCACAAGGCCAACGGUGGCAUGGUGCUGCUCACCUUCUUCCUGUGCCGCAUCACGCUCUUCCCCUACAUGUACUGGGUGUACGGCCAGCACUACGGGCUGCCCCUCUACAGCGUGCCCUUCCACCUGCCCCUGUCCACCAACCUGGGCAACAUGUGCAUCAUGGCGCCGCAGGUCUACUGGUUCGUCCUGCUCUGCAGAAAGGGCUACCGUCUCUACAAGCGCUCCCGAAACCCAGGCCCUCCAGCCGCCGCAGCCCUGGACAACGCCAGCGCCAAGGGAGACCAGUAGAGCCACACUCACACUCUUAUCCACCACCCACCCAACUGACCAACCAACAGCACCGACAACUACUAGGGCACCAUUUUACUACUACUGUUACAGUACAGAUAGUGCUGCUACUGCUACUACUACUUUUGAUCACUUCUAAUACUUACUACUACUAUUAAGACUGGUAGGACUCCUUCGGCCCCCUCCAAAAACCCGUCACUCGCUGUUCAGCUGAGCUCCACAGGAACAGUCUUGGGCAUCGGUUCAUACGCUUGGCCUCCGAUUGGCUCCUCUCCUGCUUGUUGCCAUGGAACUAAAGGGUUGUGGGGGGUGGGGUCGUGGUGGAGAGCGCCAGAUGCCUCCCUCUGCAGGGUGAGGAAACGGCCGGAGUGGCCGGAGCGCUGGACGGCACCUCCUCUUUUGCCAGGAGCCGCCUCCAGAAGCAACUGGUGCACCCUGGGUCAAAAAGAGAGCCCCUCUCCCAAUGUUGAUGAACUACUGAUUGAAGAGUCUGUUACAGUUUUAGACCAGUGACUUUGGAUAUGGGUAUUAUUUUAUUUUUUUGGGUUCUGUCUGUCAAGUUGUUAGCCCAAGCAGCAUCCUUUUGGGGAGAUUUCCCCUUGUUCUUUCCAGAAAGUAUUUUUGUUUUGAGAGGAAGGGGUGUGGGUGCACAAAGUGAAUUGGCAAGAGUGUCAUCCCAUCAUUCGUUCACUCACUAUAUAAAUCCAUAAAUGUGAUGUAACCCCGCUCCCCACAAACACACUACACAUACAAGCUUUUACACACCAUCGCACACAUCUAGCUCUCCCUCUUCCCAUCUCAGUCCGUCCACGACCACCACCCCGCAGUACUCCUGUCUUCCUUGUUUACAGUCCAAUAGUUGUGUGUGUGUGUGUGUGUGUGUGUGUGCGUGUGUGUGUGUGUGUGUGUGUGU